UUCAAGGAGCUACAAUAGUAGGAGGAAUACGGCAAAAACGAUUUGAGUGGCUACUGUACGAAAGUUUGACGAAGCGCGGAGAAAUACUAGUGUGUAACUGUGUGUUUCAGCGAACGCUACGCGGUGUGUGCUUUAAAAUAUUGAUAGCUAUUUAUCGAUACUGCGGCACGUUCGAGGCCCCAUACGCACUGACUUUUCAGUUUUCUUUUCAAACCAUCGUGAAUUACGGAGUUGCGCCGUCGCCGAAAGCGCAGCUGACACUCGCCCCCCCACCGUGAUCUGAACACGCGAAACGUACAGUAGGGAGGGUCCCGCGAAAGCAGCGACGGCAGCCCAACAACAUCUGCUUGCCGCCGACACGCACGCGGCAGCUGUCUGACGCAGAGCGCGAGCUGGCGAGGGUAGCGCGCCACCCCACCUUCCUUUACUCAGCAGAGACGUCGCUUGCGCUCCGACUGCCACCUCAGGGUUACACACUUUCCUCAGCUUACAGGGAGAGAGAAACACACACAGAGAGUGUGUGCGCGCUGGUUGUCACAGAGUGAAGUCCUCCGAGAACUAGAAGUUCUGAAUGAAGACUGAUGCCGGAACUGUGAUAUGCUGAGCAGCCUGACAGGGGAGUGAUAGCCUACAGAUUUUUUGUGUGCGUGGUUUCCCCCCACGCACGAAGAGGUGGUAGAAGCUCUGGGAAGGCUGUAGCAGCCAAGCUGUCACGUUGCAUCUUCAUUGCCUUCACUGGACACCAGCAUUAAGAAGCGUGGAAAAGUCAGCGUGGUGUGCUUGUGACAGCAGCGGUGUGUUUGAGAGGAAGGUGAGGGUGGGCGGAGGGGAGUCCCGCCGCUGUUUACAGAUCAAAAGGGGAAAACAAAAGAGCCCUCCCUUUACCCCCUGCACACGGACUGCAGAGAGCCUGAGCCUUUGAAGCCAGGGUGCUGGAUUAAUGCUGCUUGUAGUGCUCGGGUCCCCUGCGUGUCAGGUCCACAGCUGAGAGGAGCCGCGCUGCCUGUUCUUCUUCCCGCACCAGGCUGGCAACUAGCACACAGCAUGGGAGCACUCGUCCGCUACACGCUCUUUUUCACCCUCGUCUGUCAAAGCCAUAGUCUAGGUGUCAGAAAUCCACUUUCCCGGAUUAAAAGGUAUCAGGAAAAUGCCUGGUCACUUCCUAACGAAUGUCCAAGGACAACACAGCCGGUCUUGCUGCCUAAUUCCAACAAUUUCUCUAUGGAUAUUCGUAUGCCUGGGGUCAUUCCAACUGCGUCAGAGUCCUACUUGUGUGUGGCCAUAAAAGUGCCUACGGAGAGGGCCUCCUAUAUAGUGGACUUCAUGCCGCAUGCCAGUAUGGACACAGCCCACCACAUGCUCCUAUAUGGCUGCAACAGUCCUGCUUCCACCGAUUCCUACUGGGAGUGUGGAAUUGAGCGAGGACCCUGCAGAUAUGAUCCAAAAAUCAUCUAUGCUUGGGCCAGAAAUGCACCACCUACAAAGUUACCCAAAGAUGUCGGUUUUAAAGUCGGAGGUGAUACAACAAUUACUCACUUUGUGCUGCAAAUUCAUUAUGGGGAUGUCAACGCUUUUAGAGAUGGCCAUAGAGACUGCUCAGGAGUAACCUUGAGAAUGACUUCCAAACCACAGCCCUACAUUGCUGGAAUAUAUCUCAUGAUGUCCAAGAACACCAGAAUUCUGCCAGGAAAAAGAGUGACAAAUGCAGACAUUGAAUGCACUUACAGGUUUUUCCCAAUGUACCCGUUUGCCUUCAGAACCCAUACACAUCAGCUGGGGAAAGUUGUCAGUGGGUACCGGGUUCGUGAUGGACAGUGGACUCUGAUUGGACGACAGUCUCCACAGUUACCACAGGCAUUUUACCCGGCACAGAACCCUGUUAAAGUUGCGUAUGGAGAUAAACUUGCUGCUAGAUGUGUAUUUACUGGAGAGGGGAAGACCUCAGUAACAACAAUUGGGGGUACCUCUGAAGAUGAGAUGUGUAAUUUUUACAUCAUGUACUAUAUGGACAGCAAGCAUGCCAUCCCUUACAUGAACUGUGUAGAAGAUGGUAAAAGUGACCUGUUCAAAUAUAUCCCAAACGAGGCUAAUGUUCCCAUACCUGUGAGUCCUGACAUGAUGAUGACUAUGCAAGGCCAUGGGCAUCACACAGAUGUUCAAGAUAGCUCUGCGUUGCCACAGCCAAAGAGAGAAGAGGAAGAUGUUCUGGAUCAGGGUGACUUCUAUUCCCUUCUUUCCAAACUCCUAGGGGAGCGGCAGGACAUUGUCCACGUGCAUAAGUAUUACCCUGCCAAGGCAGAGAGAGCCCAGUCGGAUCUGAUGGCAGAGAUUGAUAGCAUAAUCCAAAAGAAGGACCUGGUUUGGCCCAGCUCGAGAUUAGACUACAGUGGGAGGGAGGAUGCUAUUCUAAUGAGGGACAGGAUUCACAAAUUCCACCAGUUAGAGUCCACUGUUAUGCCUCCCGGGAGCAAGAUAAUGCCAGCUAAGCAAGCAAAUGCACUGGGGGCAUUCACUCAAAAGCAAGUGUCCCACUUGGAGGAGAUGACGGACUGGCCAGAGGUCCAGUUACAACUGGGACAGGUGUCUGGCUUGGCCCUAGACUCCAACGAUAACCUGGUCAUCUUUCACAGAGGUGACCACCGAUGGGAGGUCAGCUCUUUCGACAACCAGCGGGUUUACCAGCAGCGGUCACUGGGUCCUAUUCAGCAGUCCACAAUACUUGUGGUGGAUCCUGUUAAGGGGAAUGUUCUCAGAGCUACAGGAAGAAACAUGUUUUAUCUUCCCCAUGGUAUAAGCACAGAUAAGAACAAUGACUACUGGGUUACUGAUGUGGCUCUUCAUCAGGUGUUCAAAUUGGGAACCAAUGGGGGAAACCAGCCCCUGGUGGUUUUAGGACAGGCAUUUGAACCUGGUAGUGACAGGAAACACUUCUGCCAGCCCACUGAUGUGGCUGAGGACCCCCUGACUGGGAACAUUUAUGUGUCUGAUGGCUACUGCAAUUCCAGAAUACUCAAGUUCUCUCCAGAGGGGAACUAUCUAAUGCACUGGGGAGCAGGGUCUUCAGACAGACGGAAAAGGCUCCCGUUCAAGAUCCCUCACAGCUUGACCUUCUUGCCAGACAAACGGGAGCUCUGUGUUGCCGACAGGGAGAAUGGCCGAAUCCAGUGCUUCUUGGCUGAGUCAGGAGAAUUUGUAAAGGAGAUAAAGAAGGAUGAAUUUGGGGGAGAGGUGUUUGCUGUCUCUUAUGCCCCUGUACAUGGUGGCUUGAUAUAUGCAGUAAAUGGAGAAUCUGGUUAUGGUCAAUCAGUACCUCUCAAAGGUUUUGUCAUUGAUUAUUCAACCAAACAAAUUCUCGACUCUUUCAGCCCAGACUCACAAGAGUUCAAAAUGCCACAUGACAUUGUUGUCAGCAAUGAUGGAAGCGUCUUUGUUGGAGAUGUAGCAACUGACUCGGUCAUAAAGUUUGUCUCCUCUGAAAAAGCAGAGCAUCGAUCUGUCAAAAAAGGUGGAAUUGAAGUCCAAGAAAUUGAAGAAAGUGAGACAUUUGUCCAGACCCAUUUGAAGCCCCUGCACAAGCUGCCAGUACAGACCCCUGACUCUGGACAGCUGAAAGUCCCGGAGCCCCCUCGUAAGCCUGAGGAGAACCACAAGGUGGAGAGCGUGUCUAAGCAGAGUGUCCAGGGCACAUCAGCAGCCAUCAUCACCACACUGCUGCUCAUUCCCCUGGUGGUGGUUAUUGCUUUGGGUGUGUUCAUACGCUGGAGGAAGACCAGAAUGUACAGAGAUGGCAGUGAAGUGAAACUGGAACCCAGUUCUUCUGGAGGACUACUCGAAAAAAUCAGAGGUAAAGCAGGCGGAGGGUUGAAUCUGGGCAACUUCUUUGCCACCCAUAAAGGCUACAGUCGCAAAGGCUUUGACCGGCUGAGCACAGAAGGCAGUGACCAGGAGAAGGAUGAUGAGGACGCCACCGACUCUGAGAACGAGGAGUACAUUGCCCCGCCACCCCCAUCCACCUCGUCCUAAUAGCCCCCACCAUCAAGAGUGCCCACCUUCAAAAGGGCCUUCUGUCCCCUGACUCUUAUUGCUGACCAAUCUUCUUGCUCACGUGUUCAGGAUGUAUUUUAAUUGUAUAUGUAAUUGUCUGCCUUGGCUGCCAACAUUUUAUUUAUUUGCGCAAAAAUUCCUCAAUAGACAAGUAUGACUGUCAUUUUAUUUAUAAAUGGAUGGGGUCAGAUUUUAAUUACACUGGUAGCUCAAAGGAUGUAGACCAGAUUGUAAUUUGUACUAGGAAUGAGAAAACUUUAUUUUUCCAGUCAAAGUUCAAUUUCUUCCAGUAAUAUUUCAGCCGAAUGGGAUGUUUAAGUUUCCAGGUUAUUGGUCUAGUACUUUGAUUGACCAAUUUUAUCUGUACAUUUGUGCCUUUUAAAGUAUGUAUUCCGCCUUCUGCAGCACCAGUUAUUACAGAUGUGCCACAUUUUAAAAAAAACAAGCUGCUAUUGUCACCUGUAUUUUGAAUUUCAUUAUUGCAUUCAUGGACAAGAGAUUAUUAUUAUUAUUAUUAUUACGUAUCUAAAACUAUUUACUCAAUUUUCCAAUCGGAUGUGAGAUGUGUCUGAUAUUUAUUGUGACAUACUGAGGUUUUAU